AUGUCUACUGUCAAUAAAGCAAUCAUCAUCGGCGCGGGCCCAGCUGGCCUUGCUGCUGCACUUCAAUUACAUCGAAAGAACAACAUUGACGUUACUGUGUACGAGCUUAGACCCAGACCAUCUAACAUCGGUGGAUCUAUAGGCAUAUUUCCCAACGGCCUGCGUCUGCUUCAUCGCCUGGGACUAUACGACGCCCUUCUUGCUCGCGGCGCAAUCGUCGACACGUUCCAUAUCCACUCAUUACACCAGGGCAAUAUUGGCAGCAUGGACAUUUCAGCUUGGGCCAAGAAGAAGUCGGGCUUUGGAUUCAUGCGCAUUAUCCGCCGAGAUCUGCUGGAAGUGCUGUUCGACGCCAUCCAUGGGGAAGAGAUUCCUGUUCAUUUCGACAAAAGACUAGUCUCCAUUGAAGAGGGUGCAUCAAGCGUAACAGUGACCUUCUCGGAUGGUUCGAACGACACAGCCGACAUUCUGAUCGGAUGCGAUGGGAUCCAUUCCAGCGUGAGACGACUGCAUGUCGACCCUGCCACCAAGCCCGAAUACUCGGGCAUUGCGGGAAGCGGUGCCAUCGUCUCGACGGUGGGCCUACCGGAGAUGCUUCGAAAGGAAGCCAACAUAAUCCCCACGACUGCAGGUGUUAUUGCGAUGUUUCCAUGUAGCGCCGCCGGGGAUCAGCUUUACUGGUUCCUUUCUCGGGAGACGCCCAUCCCAUACUCUGAGUCAGGCAACGAGCGGGACGGGUGGGAAGUCCGACGCCAGCAAGAGAUGGAAGUGUUCAAGUCCACGAUCCGAGAAAUGACGAAGCCAGCUCAAGGCGAAUGGCGGGGGGUUCUAGCUGCAUUGGUGGAUCGCACGGAUGUUAUUGGUUUCUAUCCGGUCUUUCGACUCCCGCUUGGUGGGAAAUGGUAUACGUCUCGGACCAUCUUGCUUGGAGAUGCAGGCCAUGCCAUGCAGCCUCACGCAGGCCAAGGAACCUCCAUGGCUUUGGAGGAUGCCUUCUUGCUGUCGCGAGUCCUGAAAGAGAAAGAUUGGAGCUUGGAACAUGCGUUUGCCCGAUACGAAGCGAUCCGGCGACCGCGCAUCAACGAGCUCUACCAACUGGCGGCCAAGAAUGGACGGCGCCGCAAAGCCACAGGCUCCUGGGCACUGUGGGUGGGAGAGAACGUUAUGUGGGCUCGUUUGGGUCUGUAUCGUAUUCUGGGGUUAGAGUCGUGGGGCCUAGGCCAGACGCACCUCGUGUACGACAUCGAUGAGGUGGAGCUGUGA